ACCACUUCUCCCCUGAUUCCACAAACAAUAGCUAGGCAAGUCAGUUUGCCUUAAUUUCAUUGAAGGAGAAAAGAAGCCAGCCAGCCAGGUUGAAGCCUGUGCUUGAUACGAGUGAGCGCUCGUUAGACGAUAAUGGAUGCGUGUAAUUGGUGAAGUGCUGAUUGCUCUCCCAAAAAAAGAUCCCAUCGCAGGAGAAUUUUCUGUUUCAUUAAGCCAUGGUCAGAAAUAAUAAGAUAGCCAUCUGUAGACUGAGAGAGAAAAGGGGAGGGGAGCUAGCUAUGGAAAGUGCUCAUGAUCAGAAGUGGCAGCAACAGCUUCCAGAUUCCAUCAAAUAAAGGUUAUAAUGUAAAGUCGCUUAUAACUCACAGAUUGUGAUUUUGAUGUAUCCUCCUUUUCCAGUAUGCUGUUACCUGCCAUACUGGUAUCUUCCCUUCUGUCUGUGUUUUAGUUCAUUGUCCCUCUGCUCUUAAUCAUGCUGCAGCAUCUUUGUGUUUUUCCAUUGUUCAGCAUGUGCACGUCUUCUUGGUUUACAGCCUUAAUGUGUCAUUUGCUGGCUGCACAGCCGCCUGCUUUUAUGGCCCAGAAUCAAACAGUGUUCAACAUGCUCUGAAAGCCAUGCAACAUAGACUGAUACAGACACUUAAGAGCUACAAGUGCUUACUCAUCACACCGCAUGGAGAGGAAGUGUUGCGACCCAUUUAUGUGCUUUGUUUUUUAAUGCCCUGAUUACUGAGGAGUGGAUGGUCUACAACUCAUAUUUCCCCCCUCUUUCUCUUGACUAUGUGAGGACAUGUUCCUCUUGUAUUUGUAACAACAGAACAAGAACAUGAUUCAUUCAAGAUAAGACUGAUUAUGGGCAAGAAAAUGAAGUCAGAAAUGACUUUCUUGUAGAGAAGGGUCUGCUUUGUUUGAAGGAAAGCACCGUAUCAUUUCCAAUCAGCUGCUUGUUCUGCAUGACUAAUGCUGAAAUGACAUAUAUCAUUGUCAGAUAGGGCAUGUUUUCACAGCUGUUUUUUUUAACCACACGUAAUAAUGACAGGCUCCAGCACACACACAGACAUAACACACAUAUGCACAAUAGCUUGCUCUUAUCUUGCUGGCUGACACCAUUUUGCUCUCUAACAAUCUUGCUAAUUAUAAUUGUUAAUUAAUUCUCUGCCAGUGUCCUCAUCAGGAGACUAAUAACCUACAUUUCCAUUAAUUAGACCUUCAACCCUUCGCUCCCUCUACCAGUCUCUCCAUCCCACUCCAAUCCACCCCUUCGUCCCCUGCCUGCCUUCAUCCCCUCUCCCACCUGCUGCAUUCGUCGCCCAAGGUUGUCCAUAGAGCAUGUGCACAUAUGGAGUGUGAUUAAUUGUGUGUGGAUGUGUGUGCUUGUAUUACAUAUUUUGCAGGGACGAACAUCUGUUACCACAGUCACUGAAUGGGGACUCAACUUAUAAUGAAGGACAAACAGCAGGUCUCCACAAAGAAUGUUUUAGGGUUAAAGGGACAGUUGUUUUUCUUUUAUGGAUACAUGUCUAUUUAUUCAAUUGCUGAGCUGUGAAUGACAAGAUUGAUGUCACCCUCAAAUCUCUAAAAUUCAAAGCUGAAGACAGCAGCUGGUUAGCUUAGCUUAGCAUGAAGGGGGAAACAACUAGCCUCAUUCUAUCCAAAAGGUGAAAAUAAAUCAGUCUACCAGCACCCUAAAGCCCACUAAUUAACACGUUAUAGUAGUCCAGUCUCUGUCAGUUGCCUGGCAACUGGUUCCAGCCAAGAAACAGGCUGGCACAUCUCCCCCUGAAAAAGAGCAAGUUGUUGUUUAUACAACAAAAGGGAUGUAACAUGUUCCUCUGUCGCUGUAACAGAGCCAGUUAAGCUGUUUCCCUGUUAACAGUCUAUUUAUGCUAAGCUAAACUAACUAUGUGCUGGCGCGCUAAAAGCUAAUUUGACCUGCUUUAGACAUGAGAGUGUUAGCAAUUUUCUCUUCUGGCUCUCUGCAAGAAACAAAAGUUGAGCUAUACCUUUAAGACCAGUCAAUGCAGUGUGUUUCUUAGCGAUAAAAUGAUGUGUGUAUCUGUGUGUGUGUGUGUGUGGCUUUGACGGUAUGUGGGCAAUCAAUGGACAUACAACCCCUCUCUCUUGAAAACUACUCUUCCCAUCAGGCUCAGCUGACCUGGUUUCUGUGCACAGUGGAGCUGUGUUAUCAUUUCACCAUUUGCUCUGAUCUCAGAACAAAUUGGAAAUGCAGUGAACAUACUGUUAACUGUUGCAGAAAAGAUUAACAGAGAUGUUCAUUUUACAGGCCUGUUGAUCCUUCAGUCAUCUGGAUCUGCUGCAAACUCCAAGACUUCUAACGGUUUCUUUCCCGUGUUAGCUCUGCUUAACAAGCCAUUUGUUAACUCCUCUGAAUCUUUUGUUCUUUUUUCCAGAUUGCACGCUCUCUGGUUUCUUUUCCUUUCUUCUCUCCUUCUGGCACUAGAGGAACUGAGGGACAGUUGGCACUUGCUUGUCCAUACUGUAUCGGUAAUGGCAAAAUGGCAUCUUCUGUCUCAUCCGUCCUUCUUCCUCACCCUCUCCUGAGAGAAGUAACCCAGAUUUCCAAAUGAAUCGCUGCCUAUUCCCCUCAAUCUUUCUCCUCUCUCUCUCUCUCUCUCUCUCUCUCUCUCACACUCUCUCUCUCCCUCUCUCUCUCUGUCUCCCUCUCUCUCUUUCACUCUCUCUCCAUCUCUCGCUCUCUAUCCAUCUCCAUCAUCUUCUACUUGGUGAAAAGAGAACCAAUCUUGGAAAGAGAAUACCACCUCUCUAUCUCGUCCUCCUCCUCACCCUGCCUCUGGGUUAACGGAUAUACCACUUCACUUUUCUAUCUUUGGUUCCUAGAAAGCUUGAAUCUUGCCAAAAGCUUGUUGCUCUCUUUUUUUGUUGUAAUAGGUUUUUUUCUUUCAUUUAUUUUGGCUAAUCCUUUUCUUCUUACCUGCCAUAGAUCUGCUGCUGCCUUUUCUUUCCUUCUUUUUACUUUUUUUUUUGAGGUGACCAGCUACAGGUGUGACACCUUAGCCUUUCCUUUGAAGUGAGCCAAACUAGGAGAAGAAGAGGGGGAGAGUAAGAGAAGAAAGCUGUCCUUAAGUCACGCCUUUACUUCAAAACCACCACAAAUUAAGGCAUCAUGUCCACCCCGGUCUCCCCUCCCCCUUCCCUCUCACCGUUGACACUGGCCUCCCCUACAUUGGUGACCUCCCCCGGUGCCUCCCCUCUACCCUCGCCGCUCUCCCCUCCACCCAGAGUGCCCGUGUUCCAGCGGAAGGGAGCGCUCAAACACAAGAGGAUUGUGGAGGUGAAAGACCAUCAGUUCACAGCCCGCUUCUUCAAACAGCCCACCUUCUGCAGCCACUGCACCGACUUUAUAUGGGGCAUUGGCAAACAGGGAUUCCAAUGUCAAGUUUGCAGUUUUGUGGUCCACAAAAGAUGUCAUGAGUUCGUGACCUUCACUUGUCCUGGCUCUGUGGCGGGCCCAAAUCCAGAUGACCUGAAGAGUCGACACACAUUUAAGGUCCAAACUUACUCCAGUCCCACCUUCUGUGAUCACUGCGGCUCGCUGCUGUACGGACUCAUACACCAGGGCAUGAAAUGUACCUGUUGUGACAUGAAUGUCCAUCGACGGUGUGAGACCAGUGUUCCCAGCCUCUGCGGCCAGGACCACACAGAGAAGAGAGGCAGGAUCCACCUGACCAUUAAAGGAGAGUCAGAGGAUGUCUACGUCACAGUACGGGAGGCUCGUAACCUAAUGCCUAUGGAUCCAAACGGCCUUUCAGACCCAUAUGUGAAACUGAAACUUAUUCCAGACCCAAAGAGCCACAGCAAACAGAAAACCAAGACCAUCCGCUCAACACUCAACCCUGUUUGGAACGAGAGUUUCAUCUUCUCAGUGCGAGGUCACCAAUGGGACAGGAGAUUGUCUGUGGAGGUGUGGGACUGGGACCGCACGUCCAGGAAUGACUUCAUGGGAGCGCUGUCAUUUGGAGUGAGCGAGAUCUUCAGGCGUCCCAUCAGCGGUUGGUUCAAACUGCUGGCUCAGGAUGAGGGAGAGUACUACAACAUCCCUGUGCCAGACCCCGACCUGCAGGAGCCGCAGCCAGACGCUAUAACUCCCUCUUUGCCUCAAGCGAUACCCAUCCCGUUGUCUGAAGGGUUCCCUGUGGCCCUGUCCCCUACCCCUGUGCCAUCCUGUCAACCUAUCCACCAACCGGGCCCAGCCAAAGUGAAAGUGGGCAUCCAUGACUUUAACUUCCUUAUGGUGCUGGGCAAAGGCAGCUUUGGCAAGGUGCUGCUGGCUGAGGAGCGAGGCAGCGAGCGUCUGUUCGCCGUCAAAGUGUUGAAGAAAGACGUUCUCUUUCAGGACGAGGACACGGAGAGCGCCCUGGUGGAGAGGAGGGUUCUAGCGCUUUCCUCUCGCCCUUACUUCCUCACAUCGCUUUACUGCGCUUUCCAAACUGAGGACCGUCUGUAUUAUGUGAUGGAAUAUGUCAACGGCGGAGACCUGAUGUUCCACAUUCAGAUAGUCGGCAAGUUCAAAGAGCCUCACGCAGCGUUUUAUGCAGCAGAGAUAGCUGUCGGCCUCUUCUUCCUCCACAGCAAAGGCAUCAUCUACAGGGAUCUGAAGCUGGAUAACGUGCUGCUUGACAGCGAGGGCCACAUAAAGAUAGCUGAUUUCGGGAUGUGCAGGGAGGGCAUGUUCGAAGGCGAUACCACGCGCACCUUCUGCGGCACCCCCGACUACAUCGCCCCUGAGAUUGUGGCAUAUCAGCCCUAUGAUAAAGCAGUAGACUGGUGGUCCUAUGGAGUACUGCUGUAUGAAAUGCUGGCAGGACAGGUAACAUUUAAUCCGCACAAUAUACCCGUGAACACAGACUUUAAAGCCUGCAGUACUCGUCCUUUGUAAUAACUUCAAAAGACUUUUGAAAGAAUUCC